AUGAAUGUAUCUAACGCGAGUACCUACGCAUUGACAUUAUCAAAAAUUAUUGGAAUAGUUCCAUUAUACAUCAAUUUCAUCACAACCAUCGCUGGUACCAUCGGUGGAGUUUGUAAUUUGAUAACAUUUACCGCUCCUCGGUUACGUACGAACUCGUCGGUGUAUUACUUAUCAUGUGCAACAGUUUUUGAAAUCCUCUCAAUCUUAUUUAUUGUCCCGACACGGAUCGCUUUGGAUAAUUUCGGAAAUACUCUAGAGCGUCAAUCGAUGGUGUUCUGUAAGAUUCGUUAUUAUAUAUCGAUCACAUUUCCAAUGCUGGUUACGUAUUAUAUUCUAUUCGCGAUAGUUGAUCGAAGCCUAGCUACGUCGCGGCACGUGGAGAUACGUGCAAUGAGUCGAUUGACAUUCGCACAUCGAAUAUCUUGGAUCAUUUUUCUGAUUGGAACAACUGCGUCUGUACAUGUUUUUAUAUUUUUUAAUACGAUUAACAAUAAUUGUCAAGCUCCACCUGGCAAUGUGUAUACAAUCGUUUUCGCCAUUUAUUUGAUCUUUAUCGUAUCCAUUUUACCUCAUUCGUUGAUGUUCAUUUUUGCUUUGAUUACUUUCCGAAAUUUUAAACGAACAAGACAACGAGCAAUGCCAGUCUUAGCUUCAGCAUAUAACUCGCGAACGAAACGUUCGGAAAGUCAAUUAAUCAUGGUGAUUAUCGCACAAAUUCUUAUCAGUUCUACACUUGUUUUGCUACGUUUGGGCUCUUAUACCUAUUCGACAUUGACCAGUGGAAAUCAGAAUAAAACAGUUGGCCAACGAGCGGUGGAAGAUUUCUGCAUUCGACUUGGCUUUGCAUUGUACUAUUUUAGUUUCGCGACCUCGUUUUAUUUAUCAACUUUACCAAGGAAAUUUUUUCGCGAAAUUUUUUUUAAACGAGUACGAAAAUUGUUCUAUCGUUUUCUACGAUCAUUUUUUGUUGAAUAA